UUUCCACUGGUUCCACCGAAGCCGCCCGCUCGUCUCGCUGCUAGAUGCCUGUGAGGCAGGCGAGGGAGGAAGCAGCCCGUGUUGCGCAGCAGAUCAGAGGAUGAUUCAUGUGUAAGAGACAGAGCUCGGUGCAGAUCAGGCAGCUGUUCGGACCCGCACUCAGAUCCAGGAUCAGCCCAGCCUCCUCAGAGCUGGAGACCCUCUCCCCGCCUCGCCUCUCGCCCCGUGACCCCCUCGGUGACAUGUACCCUGAAGAGAGCCGGGGCUCCGGAGGGGUGGCCGCCGUGGACUUCUUGGAAGGGACGUACGACUAUGCCGCCCCCAACCCCGCCGCGACGCCUCUUUACAGCCAGUCCGGCUACUACUCCGCUCCGAUGGAGACGAACGGACCCCCCUCGGAAGGCAGCCUGCAGUCUCUGGGCAGCGGGCCGACGAGUCCUCUGGUGUUCGUGCCCUCCAGCCCCAGACUCAGUCCCUUCAUGCAUCCGCCCAACCACCACUAUCUGGAAACCACUUCCACGCCCGUUUACAGAUCCAGCCACCAGGGAGCCUCCAGGGAGGAGCAGUGCGGCUCCCGGGAGGAGACGUGCGGCGUGGGGGAGUUGGGCGCCGGAGCCGGGGCCGGGGGGUUCGAGAUGGCCAAAGACACGCGCUUCUGCGCCGUGUGCAGCGACUACGCCUCCGGGUACCACUACGGGGUGUGGUCCUGUGAGGGCUGCAAGGCCUUCUUUAAGAGGAGCAUCCAGGGUCACAAUGACUAUAUGUGCCCGGCGACCAAUCAGUGCACUAUUGACAGGAAUCGGAGGAAGAGCUGUCAGGCUUGUCGUCUUAGGAAGUGUUACGAAGUGGGGAUGAUGAAAGGAGGUGUGCGCAAGGACCGCGUCCGCAUUUUACGGCGUGACAAACGGCGGACAGGCGUCGCUGAUGGAGACAAGGUCGUAAAAGGCCAGGAGCAUAAAACAGUGCCUCAUUAUGAUGGAAGGAAACGCAGCAGCAGCACAGGAGGAGGAGGAGGAGGAGGAGGAGGAGGAAGACUGUCUGUGACCAGCAUACCUCCUGAGCAGGUGCUGCUCCUCCUUCAGGGCGCCGAGCCCCCGAUACUCUGCUCCCGUCAGAAGUUGAGCCGACCGUACACCGAGGUCACCAUGAUGACCCUGCUCACCAGCAUGGCCGACAAGGAGCUGGUCCACAUGAUCGCCUGGGCCAAGAAACUCCCAGGUUUCCUGCAGCUGUCCCUGCACGAUCAGGUGCUGCUGCUGGAGAGCUCGUGGCUGGAGGUGCUCAUGAUCGGCCUCAUUUGGAGGUCCAUCCACUGUCCCGGAAAGCUCAUCUUCGCACAGGACCUCAUCCUGGACAGGAAUGAGGGCGACUGCGUGGAGGGCAUGACGGAGAUCUUCGACAUGCUGCUGGCCACCGCAUCCCGCUUCCGUGUGCUCAAACUCAAACCCGAGGAAUUCGUCUGCCUCAAGGCGAUUAUUUUACUCAACUCCGGUGCAUUUUCUUUCUGCACCGGCACCAUGGAGCCGCUACACAACAGCGCGGCGGUUCAGAGCAUGCUGGAUACUAUCACUGAUGCGCUCAUUCAUCACAUCAGCCAGUCGGGCUACUUGGCCCAGGAGCAGGCCAGACGGCAGGCCCAGCUGCUCCUGCUGUUGUCCCACAUCAGGCACAUGAGAAAAGAGGCCAGAUCAAACCUGAGAGCACUGACGACACAAUGCAGAAAGCUGGGUACGUUUGUUAUCCACGUCUGUCUCUGGAAAGGAGUUCGUUCUCUGUGCUUGCAGCUUUUUCUCUGAACUUGCUACUUGUUGAAUGUGUGUACUCGUCUGUGUUUUUCUAGCACUGUAGCUCAUGAACGCUGGGAGAGAAUCUAACGCUUUGAUGCACAGAUUUGUCUUGUAUUGUACAUCUCAGCCACAAACUGUUACUUUUCAUCCACAAAUUGACUGACUGCACAUUGAUUAAAUUGUCAGAAAGUUCAUUUUAAUGUUGAAUUCUGUGAAAAUUAAAAAGGCAAUUACUGUUUCUAUUUCA